UCUUUAAAAAUCUCAUAGCCUCUGUUAAAAUAUUGUUACAUUAUUAUUUGUCGGUGAUUAAAAGUUCUCCUCUUUCGAGUGUUCAUAUCCCGGGCAACAAAUUUCCGUUUGUAAUUAUAAAUCAAUAUAUGGAACAUAAUAUCUGUACGCGAUGACGCGGUGAGUCAUAUGGAUAGCAACAGUAAUAAAUAAAACAUCUCUUAAUUAUUAUGCAAAAACUACCUCACAUGAAUGUUUUAUAAGAGCAAUUCGUAUCUAACAUAUAGUAUAUUUAUGAUCUUUCGAAGGGACUGAAGAGCGACGGAAGGAUAGGGAAAGUAAUAUAUGUUCGCUUUCUGUGCUACUCGGUAAAAAUUAAUAACGUCUUGUUCAGUCGUAUGGCAAAAGUGCCAUUUAGAUUUGCUGUGUAAUAAAAAUGCUAUCUUGCGUAGACAUUAUAGGGUCAUAAAUUCGGUAUUAUGAUGAAUAAUAUAAAGCCGAACAGAGAAAAUGGAUCUCAGCGAUGAAUAUCUAAUGGAUGCCAGAAAUAUGUGAUACUGUAGACAUUCGGGAUAUGCUUUGUUCGUUCGAAGUCGAGUGAUAAUUGUUAUAUGUCGUUACAAAGUGAUUGUAGAAGUAUCUGUGAUUAGGUGUACGUAAACAUCAAGAGGCCUCAUGUCAAAAAGUACAAUUAUAUCGUUAUAUCAUAAUUGUUAUCGCUUGGUGUAAAAAAAAACUACUUCGGCCAAAAUAAAAUGAAUGUGCUGCAAUUUACCUUAACUAUUUGCGCGAUCGCUGGAUGCUGGCAACCACUUACUUGGAUAUCGAUAUUUAAACAUAUAAUGUACAACGUUUAUAGAGCGUUACUGAUUUCGGUAUUGUUUACGUUUAACAUAACUCAGCUUAUGAAUAUUAUAUUGAAUAUUGAUAAUUCCGAAGUAUUUGCUAAUACCAUAUAUAUGAUGCUAACUAUGUCUGUGGCCUUCUCUAAAGUAAUUAUCAUGUGGCUAAGUUGCAAAAAUGUUACCGGAAUAAUCACUUGUCUCAUGAACGAACCUUUCGCGCCUAUAGAAUCGAGCGAGGUAACGAUUCGGAAAAAAUAUGACAAAAUUGCACAGAACACCAUGCUAUGGUAUUUAUUACUCGUCAUGACUACUGUCGUAUGCAUGAUUUUUACGUCUGUCUUCGUGGAUUUUAUGAGAGGAAGCUUAACCUAUCCAGCGUGGCUGCCGUUCAAUUACACGGCACCUGCUUUAUUCUUCCUCGUAUAUGUUCACCAAACAAUAGCCGUGGUAAUUGGCGCGACAGUAAACGUCGCUUGUGACAGCUUGAUAUGCGGACUCUUGCUGCAUAUAUGUUGCCAGCUCGAGAUUUUGGAAUAUCGGUUAAUGCAAAUCCCGCAGAAACAUCAUGUCCUGCCUGAAUGUGUACGUCAUCACGACCGUAUAUUUGAAUACGCAUAUACGGUCAAUAGUCAAUUUGUGAAGAUAAUCGCUCUCCAGUUCGGAGUGAGCACAUUAGUGGUGUGCUCUAAUUUAUUUCAAUUGGCUAUGGCGACAAUCGACGUGAAUAUCGUGCCAUUAAUACUAUACACGGCCUGUAUGUUAUCGCAGAUUUUCAUUUACUGUUGGUUUGGUAACGAGGUCAAAAUAAAAGUGUCCCUUAACUUGCUAUGA